AUGUUCAGCAUGGGGUCUUUCCUCGCGCGAGUGGGCUUGCCUCACCACCUCCACGAACGUGUCCGCGGCGUGAUUAAGGGCAGGAUCGCCCUGGUGGCCAUUCCCCUCCCCGCCCUCCGCCUCCCCGCCGGCCACGCCGCCCCCCAGAACCAGCCGAAUGUGGACGCGGGGAGGUCUGCCCGCGGUGACCAGACCCCCUUCCCCGCGUCGCCGGAGAUCGCCGCGGAGAGCGUUGCGCGGGGGAUCGCGCUCGGGGUGAGCGCUGGCCUGCCCGACCACGGAGGGAUGGGCGGCGAGGGGAGCAAGGACGCGCGGGGGAGCGCUGAUCCCCCCCCCCUCGCUGAUAAUGUUCGCGAUGCUCAGGGGAAGGGCGGCGAGGAGAGGGCUGCCAAGGAGGCUGACGUGGAGGCGAGCGCCCUCGCUCCUGCCGCGGCGGACCGUCCGGACGGUUCGACGCAACACGUGCAGGCGCCCACGAAUACUCCGGCGAGGUUGGGCGCGCGGCAGGCUGAGGGGGAAGAGUUGGCACCCGCUCGAAGCGGCGGACGGGCUCGCUCGCGAAGGGGUGCGCGAGGAAGCGCGGACGAGGCACGGCGGGCGCAGGCUCCUGCAACGCGCUCUCCGCGGAUCCCUCCAGCUCCGGAUCCCGUCUUGCGGAUGGGUCCAUCACCUCCGAUCACACCACGGCCGACGCCAGCGCGCCGACAACGCGACAACGAAGUGGCCACUGCGCCGCAAACAGAGCGCGGGGGAGCUGCUGUAGGAAGAGCAACGCGCGGAAUACGCGUGGGACGCGGUAGCCGCCGCGGGCGGAGGGGAACAGCACGAGGACGAAGGGGAGGUGAAGCACGGGGUUCAAACAGGCGCCGCACCGGUGCAAGCGGCUACGCGAGAAACGCGGAGAGGCAGAUACGAAACGGCGCAGAGGGCGGCAAGGAUCCACCUGGCAAGGAGGCAGAGGAGGAAGUGGAGAAUGAAGGAAGUGACGAGGGUGACCCCGCUUUUAACCCUGAAAGAGAGGGGAUGUUGGGUGCGGAAGCCGAGGAGGAUGAGGAUGACUUGGAAUUGUUGCUUCGGGAAGAGGAGCUCGCCACACCAAAUAAAUCGGACCGCGAGGCAGAACCGAGCCGCCCCCUUCAAUGCGGUUACCACCGCUCCAACCAUUGCCACGGCCCCAAGGCCCGCCAUCCCUGA